AUGGAGAAAAAUGGAGGAUGGCUUGCUGAUGGUGACUAUGGGGAUUUUGUCCGGUCCCUGUGCUUCUCGGACCCUCGACUGAGGCAACGAGACCCCAAGGCCCAAAUCCAGCGCAUCCCCUUCAAAGACGACGGAGCCCGCGUCGUCAAACUCAGCCUCGGAGAAAACGGCAGCUUUGCCAGGACGGCAGAGUUCGGGGAACCAGCUGAUCUGGAAGCACACUUCCGUAGCAUGGAAUCACAGUGCGGCGGCGGCCGACAGAACAUCUACGUCCUCGAAGGCAUCGGCCCCGGGUUUGCGGGCGUUCUCGGCGCGCACUUCUCGCUGCACCCUUCGUUCUUCGUCGAGCACGAGCGUGUGGUCGUGCACAAUGUCAACUGGAUGGGCGAGAGCGACGGCGUGCAACUGCCGUCGGUGAUUCAGAGCCGGAGGCACCUCGAGAUGAAGUAUUACGAGGUCGUGGCAUUCGACACGCGGCCGACAAGUUUUCGGUGGGUGUGCGCGGCGACGGGCCGUCAUGUAGGGGUAUCGAGGGAUUUCAAAUGGGACAAUUCCCCCGACGAUUUUGACAGGUUUUUGAAUGUCGGCGUUGUGAGGAGGAAAUGCAGUGUGUGGUCGAGAAGGACUGAAGGCGGUGGCUGGGACUGUCUCGUACUGUGUGAUCCUCCGGUCAGGAGCGUCCGCACAGGAGACGAAUACAAAAUAGAACACCCCGUCAAGACUUGGCCCUACCAAGGCGGCUACCUCGACUUCGUCCCAGAGGAAGAGCAAAUUCGCAUCGCCAGAGAUAAGGGGCGCUGCCGCCGCGGCCCCCCAAGGACCUCCAUGCUUGACGAUCUCUCUUUCUACCUCGAGACGCACUCGCGGCUGGUAGACGUCGCGGAGCCGGAAUCCGUCGUCAACGUCUUUGUCGGGAAGAUUGUGGCAUCGCACCUGCUCAAGCAGACAGAGCACCUGCGCGCGACCCUGUCGGCGGUGCAGCGGGGCCUCACGCGCAAGCAGGACCUCGCGAAGAUGCCAAUGACCAAGGUAGAGGCCCUCUGGAGCGACAUGCAAGGCUGGGAGCGGCGGACGGGCGAAUACCUCGAGGAUCUGGAGGGCAUCAUGCUGCAGCUCGGGAUCACGCUGUCGCCUCCCCCGGCCAUGACGGGUACCUCUACCGCUGCGCCCAUCGGCACGCCACCACAGCUGCAGCAGCCGGUGGGAGGCGCGCUCUUCUCGGCAGGCAACGUCGCCGGGUGGUCGGACUGCGCGACGGAUUUCCAGUUCCUGCACCUACGGUUCCGGGAGCUGCGGCACCGUGCUGAGACGCUCAACGCGGCGGUGACAGGGCUGGCGGGUAUCACGGGCAACAGGCAGGCGUACAAGGAGCAGCAGCGGAGUAUUCGCGAGGCCAAGAGCACCAAGGCGGUGACGCUUCUGGGCCUGGUGUUUAUCCCGCUGGCAUAUACCGCCUCGGUGUUCUCCAUUGAGAAGCCGUUUGGGCCCGGGGGCGAUUUGUUUUGGGUGUAUUUCGUGACGUCAGCGCCGUUGAUUUUGGUAGUGAUGGUGGGGUAUUAUGUAUUGGAUUUUGGGUAUAAUGAUGAUGGGAGGGCAUGGUCUGUGAAUACAUUUACACAGUCGGUGAGUGAGAGGUUACCUGGCUUCAGCAGGCGUGACGUGAGAAAGACGUUGGUUGAUUGA